UAUCGCAAAGAUAUGACACUAGUAUCGUAUUCAACAAAGAAAAACAAAAAUGUUAUCUUGCUAUCAACCACCCACGAUGAUGGAAUCAUAGAUGUUGAAACCAGAAAACCGGAGAUAAUUAUGGACUACAAUCGUACCAAGGGAGGUGUGGACACUGUCGAUAAACUUAGCGCCACGUUUUCAGUGUCACGAAUUACACGUAGAUGGUCAUUGGCGGCUAUCUAUGGAGUUUUGAAUCUAUCUGGCAUCAAUGCACAAAUCAUUGAUAAAUCGCUGAGAGGAGACAACUCACCGAAAUACAGAAGAGUGUUCCUUCACAAUCUUGCAUUAGCUCUUACGGAUGCCCAUCUGGCAACCAGAUCGUCGAUACGUUCUCUGCCAAUUGAUGUAAAGGCUUUCUUGACGAAAAUUCGUAAAACGCAACACCCUGAAAGUUCCUGUGAAAGAGUCGUCACUAAGAAACAACGCGGAACAUGUGCACGCUGUGGACGUGGGAGAAAUACGUCUGCAUCGGCUACAUGUGAUCGAUGUGGAGAGUUUACAUGCAAACAACACGCUGUAGUAACAACACUGUGCAACACGUGUACAGUUUCUGACGAUGAUACCGAAAGCGACUAAAACCUUAAAUUGAUAUGAAGUCAUGGAGGAUUUUCAAUUAUGUGAAUUCUAGAUACAUUAAUUAUGGUUGAGUUGAGAGAAAAUGGAUCAAGCAUUUCAAAUGUAAUUCAUAUUUCCUAAGAUUAGUGAAGAUUGAGAAACGAGACGAAGGUGAAACAGGC